AUGCCAGAAGUGAUUGGAAGGGCAUUGAAUGUUGUGUUUAUGUUUUUCCUGGAUGCAUUCCUAAAGGGACUUAAACCCCAGUUCGAUGACGAUGCCGUUGAUAGGCUUAAUUACUAUUAUACGCCUUUACUGCUUGCUAUUUUUGCUUUAACACUUAGUGCUAAACAAUAUGUUGGACAACCAAUACAGUGUUGGGUACCGGCACAGUUUACUGGUGCUUGGGAACAAUAUAGUGAAAACUAUUGUUUUGUUAAAAAUACCUACUUUUUGCCACUGAAUCAUUAUAUACCACAAGAUAUCAAGGAGAGAGAAGACCGCGAAAUAGGUUAUUACCAGUGGGUACCCUUUAUCCUUGGACUCCAAGGAAUUUUAUUCUAUCUUCCGUGCUUACUAUGGAGGCUUUUAAACUGGCAGUCGGGAAUUGCGGUAAAAGGAAUAGUGAAUAUGUCUCAGGAUGUUCACAAUAUGCAAACUGAGAAGAGGAACGAAUCCGUUACUGUUGUGGCAACACAUCUAUACGACUCUCUUAAAACACAAAGGAAUUUAGCUCGACGUGGACCUUUAACAUUUCUGUUACAGAAGGGCACUUAUUUAACAGUGUUAUAUCUAUUUGUCAAGUUUGUCUACGUUAUACAAGCAAUUGCACAAUUUGCAUUACUCAACAAUUUCUUGGGAACCAGUUAUACAUUUUGGGGUUUUGAAAUUUUACGCGAUUUAAUGUCUGGAAGGGAAUGGGAAGAAUCUGGACAUUUUCCUCGAGUAACAAUGUGCGACUUUGAUGUUCGCGUUUUGGGUAACCGACAUAGACACACUGUGCAAUGUGUGUUGAUGAUCAAUAUGUUUCAUGAAAAGGUUUACCUUUUCUUGUGGUGGUGGAUUCUUUUGGUUAUUAUAGUAACAGUAGGAUCGUUCCUUUACUGGCUGGAAAUGAGUGUACUAAGUUCUCAGCACCGGUCUUUCAUAUCACAGUAUCUACGAGUUUACAACCUUGUUGACUCAGACAGGAACCCUGCUGUGGACAAGUUUCUACACCGAACAUUAAGGAAUGAUGGUGUUUUCUUACUAAGAUUGGUAUCAGCAAAUGCCGGCGACUUAAUAACAACUGACAUUGUUCUCCGAUUGUGGAAAAUGUUUCUUGACGAAGAAAAAUCUCGAGCAGUUCCUCCGCCAUCACUAACUGAACCAGCGGAAAAAUUUAAUGGUGGCGACCAAGAAUUCCAGGAAUACCCUUAUAACCCAGAAAAGCGUUUACUCUCAUAA